AUGGCGCCCGUCCGGAAGCAUAUCGGCCGCGACAAGUUCGGGGCCCUGUUCGGUGCGCUGAAGACUCAGCAAUAUGUCGACCCUCCCACGCGCAAUCCCUCCGCCACCGUCCACCGGACGAUAUCAUGGAAUGUCUCGGGCGGACUGAUCGCAACGGGUGCCAACGACAAGACCAUACGCAUCUGGAACCCCGAGCGCACAAACUCCAAGAGCCAGACAGAGUUACGAGGACACAACCACUCCGUGGACAAGGUCUCGUUCAAUCCGGUCCGCGAGUUUGAGCUGGCUAGCUGCUCCUCGGACGGCGUCCGGUUUUGGGACACUCGGAGUAGAGCAUGCAUUUCCAAACUGCAGGUGGACGGUGAUCCGUUUACCCUGACCUGGAGCGCAGACGGGAGCGUGUUGCUUGCAGGAACGAAGGCAAGGCGUAUCGACGACCACCUCGUACCCAUCUCGACCGCCAUCCCAGCCUCGCCCACGAUCUUGGACCGCUACAAGCACGACCGGCAAACCAACCAGACGGCCUUCUCCAAUGCCUAUCCGCCCCGAGACCUAUUCAUCACGCAGAGCGACGGCACCGUUAAGAUCCUAGACUACCCCUCGUUCAAGCUGCUACACUCCCUCUCCGCCCACACCUCGUCCUGCAACGCCAUAUCCUACGCGCCCGACGGCAAUCACGUUGCCAUCGGUGGAAGCGACGCCAUGAUUUCGCUCUGGGACACCACAGACUGGGUCUGCAAGCGCACGGUCUCAAGCCCGAACUCGGGAGCCAUCAGAGGGCUGAGUUGGAGCUGGGAUGGGAGGUACAUUGUUGGCGCGGCGGAAGACUUGGGUUCUUCCGGUGGCGAUGCGAACAGCAGUGGCCUCGAGAUCUACCAUGCUGAAUCAGGGGAUGUGGUGUAUACGGUGCCGACGGGGAAUAGCGGCAUCCCGGCCGUGGAGUGGCAUCCGAGUCGGUACUGGCUGGCGUAUACUCAGGUGGAUGCCAAUAGGAAGGGGUCGUCGUCGCUGAGGAUAGUGGGCGCCGCGGGUGGGCCGACGAUCUGA